UCAGCAGUAAGACUGUGCCUGGGGGCAGUUUGAAAACGUGCUCUAACUCCACGCUCCAGUUUGCUCAGAUAAGCUGUUGGUGAGCCAUACCCUGAGGAAUGAGCGAGUGGGGAACAUUGUCUUCCCGGAACUGCUCCAGGGAUGUUGGACAUCAGCACGCAAAAGCUGUGUGGGAGUAUGGAAAACAGUGUACAGUGUAUCUUAUUUUGAUUCUGAGAGAGGCCAUGCUGUUGUUGGUUUGGGGGUUUUUGGAAGAGAAAAACCCAAACGAAACACGAAAACAACAAAACCUUUGGAAGCAGAAAAGUGCAAAAAAGGGUUAACGUCAAUAUCGAAUGUGCCACCUGCUAUAUGUGGUGACUUACACACAUACAGAACUUAUGGCCAAGGAAUAAGAGCUGUUGGCCAGAUGCUGCUGACUGCUGACAGGAGAGAGCUCAUUCAGAGACAAACGACCAGAAAUGUUUGGACACGUCGUCACUUUGGAUCUGUCAUCUGAGUGAGUGUCCCGGCUUCAUGAGGCUUUCAAUUUGAGCCCAGGCUGGUAACCCGCCUUCGGAGCCACGCAGGUGGGAGGAUGUCGAGCACGGCCCCGACAAAGAAGCCUUACCGCAAGGCGCCCCCGCAGCACCGCGAAGUCCGGCAUGAGGUACCCAUCAUUCGUGACGACCAGGACGGAGUGAUCUUGGCUGAGCAGAGUCAGGAGCCCUUGACGGAUGCAGAAAGGAUGAAGCUCCUGCAGCAUGAGAAUGAGGAGCUUCGUCGACGGCUGACAUACGUGACUAACAAAAUGGAGGCAAUGGAGAGGGAACUGGAGUCAGGUCAGGACUAUCUGGAGAUGGAACUGGGCCAGAACCGUGAGGAGCUGGAGAAGUUCAAGGACAAAUUCCGUAGGUUGCAGAAUAGUUACACUGCUUCCCAGAGAACCAACCAAGACCUGGAGGAGAAGCUGCACACCCUGAUUAAAAAGGCAGAAAUGGACCGCAAGACGCUGGACUGGGAGAUUGUGGAGCUCACUAAUAAAUUGCUUGAUGCCAAAACCACCAUCAAUAAGCUGGAGGAACUCAAUGAACGCUAUCGACAGGACUGUAACCUUGCAGUACAGCUGCUCAAGUGUAACAAGUCUCACUUCAGGAACCACAAGUUUGCUGAUCUUCCCUAUGAGCUGCAGGACAUGGUGAAUAAACAUUUGCACAGCACGCAGGAGUCCGCAGGCCCUGGCCAGGAGGCACCCCACACUUUGGCUCCAUCUGAUGUUGUGCCCACCUCAGUCAUCGCCAGAGUCUUGGAGAAACCAGAAUCUCUGGUUCUGAAUUCAGCCAAGUCUAGCAGUGGCAGCUGUCCCAUGGCUGAGGAUGUCUUUGUGCAUGUGGACAUGAGCGGAGCUCUUCCUGAUGCCUGCAACAGUGCAGGGCAGAUGGGGAAGGAAGGAGGAGAUGCAGGGAAACAGCAGAACGGUGGCUGCAAGGCGCAGGGUAGUGUGGAAAGUGUGCCUGAGGAGGUGCCUGCCUUUGAGAAGCUAAGCCCGUACCCUACUCCCUCACCUCCCCAUCCUAUGUACCCAGGGCGCAAAGUGAUUGAGUUCUCUGAGGACAAGGUAAGGAUCCCAAAGAACAGCCCGCUGCCCAACUGUACGUAUGCUACACGCCAGGCCAUCUCCCUCAGCCUGGUGCAGAGCGAAGAUGAGAGCUGCGACAGGCACCGGACGCUCCCCAGCAGCCCCGCGUCAGAGGGGCGCCGUUCAGCUUCCAGCUGCUCCUGUCAGCAGUCCCCCAAAGCAGCCAGGGCUCACGGCUCCUCCCAGAGCAGCCCAUUCAGCAGCCCUCCCCAGAUCCCGAGCGCCUUUGCCAGCUCUGCCAGCUCUGAGGAGGACCUGCUGGCUAACUGGCAGCGUAUGUUUGUGGAUAAGGCGCCCCCCACCUCGGAGCGAGUGCUGAUGAACCGCACGGCCUUCAGCCGUGACACGGCCCCCGAGCUGCAGAAGAGGUUCAGCCGCUCCAUGCAGGAGCUGGGUAGGGCAGCCUCGGCUUACUCGGAUGGUGAGGAGUCUGCACAGAGCUGCAGCUGGACCGUGAGCCGGGACUCAAGCGUAGACACAGACAGCACCGAGUCCAGAGCCCGCAGGAGCCAUUUCUCUUCAGACUAUGGGACAGAUUUCUCCCAGGAUGAAGCCCAGAAGCUGUUGCUUGAAAGCAGUGGAGGCACUGCAGAGCCUGAGAGCUCCUCACCAGAGAAGCACAAGGACUAUGUAGACCUUGUCUUGCCUGAGAGCCCAGCUGAGGAGACAGAAAUGCUGCUCCAGGGAAACAAGGAGAGCAGCCGAGGAGGUGUCCAAGAGGAAAGUGGAGAAGGCAGGAUCAAGCCUCCUUUCAGUCGGCCGCACCGCAGCCCUAAGAGGAUGGGGGUACACCAUUUACAUCGCAAGGACAGUCUGACACAAGCCCAGGAGCAGGGCAACCUUCUCAGCUGAGGCAGAGCAAGAAGCAGCCUCACUUUGCAGAGCUGUGGGAUGCCCCCAUCAGUCCACUUGAGGGAGAAGCCUCCCUUAGUACCCUCCUCCCAGGGGAAAUCUGCUCUGAGAUUUCAUAUUUAUUCUCUUUUGCUACCUGGAAGAGCUGGGAUCUCCCUUCCCCGGCACCUCAGACCCACAGUACAAGCACAUACAGUGUGCAUAAGCACACCCACUGCCCUGACACACUCGCAGCUCUCUUCACAGCCUCACACUGGUGCCUGUACCAGAGCUAGUUCUUGGUACCCCUCGUCCUGGUGCCUGUGCCUCUUUUUGCUCUCAUCCCCCUUCCCACUCAGGUACCUGAGGCCCUGGGUGCUCUCGUGUUGUUUCCCUGCAGCUGUUCUGCUCUCUUUUAACUUGUGCCAACAGGGCAGAGUGCCUGUGUGGUGUCUGAUUCCCCGGGAGCCCCAGGGGCUGUGAGUGGGGCACAAGGACUCUCCCAGCAGAAGGCUGUGUGCCGUGGGGAUGUGCUGGGAUUGCUGGUGUCUCAUUUUCCCGCUGGGUUUUGUUUUCCCCAGCCGCCCACUGGGUGGGUCUCCAGAAUCUGCCGCCGCAGGUUGCUGUCGUGUGUCUCCAGGGCUGGGCUCAGCACCUGGUCCCCACUGGGGCAGUGCACAGGGGCUGGUGCUGUGGUGUGAGGCACGGGUGCUGCCUGCUGAGGUGGUUCGGGGAGGCAGUGCCUCCUGGGCGCUGGGGUUUGCAUUUGUUUGUCUCCUCCCUCACACCUCUUCCCCUGCUCUCUGUGCUGUUGUUUUGUUUGAACAGUGCUGGUGCUUUGCUCUUGGGUGGGCUUCUUUCUUCUUUCCAAGCCUUUGGUUUUGGGGUGUAUUGUUUUUUCUUUCCCCCACCCGCAUAAACAGACGCCCCGUUGGCAGCCAGUCCGAUGCCUGCACUGAGGGUGUGUUGAGGAGUCUCGGCUAUCAGAGCUGCGCUUCCCUCUGAUCCUGGCCUCCAGCCUGCAGAAACCCCUCCAGAUUUAAGAACAAGGUCUUGCCCCAGGCAAGCAAGGCGUGAAGGAUGCUUCCGGGCUUUUCUGGGAAGGGCUUGGUGUAGGGCCAGCAGGGAUGUGAGGGCAGCAUGCUGAAGAGCUGCUCCCUGCAGAUGCACUACCUCAUGGCUCAGCAGCAGCCCUUCACCAGGGUUUGCUUGCACGCCCCCUUCUCUGGGAGGCUCCAGGCUCUGGUGCCUCUCUGGGGCCUCCUUUUCUGGGUAGGGCUCUCCUGCGUGUUUUUCCUAGCGUAGUGUGAUACUGUGUCACUUUUCUUCUCAGUCUUGUGUGCUCAGUGUCUUGUUGGGGGGGAGGGAACGGGAGAGGUCUUUAGAUGUAGGUAUUUUUUUGAGGGCUUACAAAGCCCAGGCCUCCUGUUUUAAUUUUGUCCUGUGCCCUUGUCUGUCUAGUGUUUCUUGGCAUCCAUGGGGGUGCAGGGCAGAGAACAGCCCAGUUCCCUUCACCAUACCCCCUUCAAACCCUGCCCUCAGCCUGCUGUCUGGUUUUUGAGUUGGGUUUGUGUUGUCCUCCCACCCUACACCAUGCGGGCUCUUCACUGGUCUGGAGGAGAGCAUCGCUCUCUCCAGGAGGGAGCAUCUGUUCAUAUGUUUACAUCAAGAUUUGCAGCCAAGAGCUGUCUGGGGGCCCUGCUCCCCUCCCCAAGCCCCUGUCUUUGUAAAGGGCUUGCAGCUUGUAGCUGGGGCCAGCCAGGGCUUCAGCUUGAGCCUGGAGGCUCCAGGGCCAGUGAAAGGGAGCUGCAGGCCUCUCUGGCAGGCUGUGUAGUUUGUUUUAUGUACCCUGGGCAGAGCUGCUGCCUACACACUCACCUUGUUUCCCACCUGGAACAGUUGUGGAGCUGGAUGCCACCCUCUGGUGGGCAGGUGGGACUCAGUAUUUCACUGCAGUGUUUCGCUGUGCAGACAGGCUGGUGCUGAGAGUGGGAGCCUCCUCUGAGCCUGCAGAGUGUUUAUCCCCUGUCCCUGUUGUGGAGGGAUGGGAGAUGUCCUUGUGUUUGCUGCCAUCAGCCACUCCACUGCUGCUUUUCUUUUGUUCUUCUGCAGCACUGCUGAGGGUUUGCAGCUGCAGCAGCUGCCAGAGCCUGCCUCGAAGAUGUCACCUGGGGUUGGCAGCUCACUGAGUGAGCUGCUCUGGCUCUGAGGCUGCUGGUGGCCUGCAGCAGGGGAGGCACUGCCCCCCAGGGCUCAGCCCCAUCUCCCCUGAAUCCUGGUAUGCUGGUCAGUGGGCAGAACUCUCUUGCUGAGGCAGCUGGUGCUGAUGAUGCCAAACAGAGCUGGCCUUCUCUGCUUUUGGUCAAGGUAGACUGAAAAGCAAAACAGUGAAGUGGAGGGGUGGCAAAGGUUUGCCCAGCACCUCACCAGACACUUGUGCUUUGCAGUAUUAGGCUGCUGGCAGAGGUUGAGGGGGAGUGGUGGCCUCAAGCAGCAGAGCCCUCUCUUUUCUUGUGGGCAUCGUGUCCUCUGCACUCCUGCCCACCUCCAGCAGUAUUGGCUCUGGGGCCUUGAGCCCAUCCCACUCCUAGGGUCCCAACUCCAGACUGUUAAUGUGUAACUAAUGUGGUUUUUUCUGAGAUUUUCAAACUGAUGUAUAUUUUAAGACCAGAAAUAAACUAUUUUAAAAGUA